AUGACCAAUGAAGAGGAACAACAAACAACAAAUCAACAACAACAGCAACCAACACCACAAUUAGUUAUAAAUGAUUUAGAUAGUAUAUUAUCACCAAUAGGUGGUGGUGGUAGAGUAAAGUAUACAUGUUUAGAUGUUUCAAAAAGAUAUUUAGCAUUGGGUGCAAAUACUGGUAGUUUAUAUUUCUUUGAAAGGAAAUCAAUGUCAUCAAUAAUUCCAAAGAAUAAAAAUCAAGAUAAUCAACAACAACUACAACCACAACUACAACAACCACAAUCAUAUUUAUUACCAACAGUUAAAAUAUUUACAAAUGAAAAUUUAUCAUUCACACAAAUUUUAUCAUUAAAUGAUAUAAGGGAUCAAAUUUCAAUUAUAAAGAUAAAUCCAUGUAAUGAUAAUUUAGUAGCGAUUGCAACACAUAAGACCAUAUUCAUCAUUGAACCGAAUAUAUCAAUUCGUAGAGAGAAAGAGAAAGUAUUGGUCAAGAUGACAGAUCAUCCAAAAGAUGCAGAAAUUACAACAUUGAUAUGGAGUCAUUGCGGUGGUUAUUUAUUUAGUGGCGAUGAUUUGGGUAACCUUUAUUGUUGUUCCGUCACAAAAGCUAGAAAAUCAUUCUUUUUCUCUGCUGACCUAGUUUAUAAAUGUGAUUCAAAACUUGUACAAUUGGAUAUAAUACCAUCGAUACCAACAAUAACAAAUACACAACUACACCAGGAUAUUCAAUUAACCACAAACUCAAAUUCAAAUUCGAAUAAUUCGUCAUUAAAUAAUCAUCAUCAACAACAACAAAAUAUUGUACAUACUAUACCAAUAACAAAUUCAAUACCACCAGUAAACUCAAUCACUAUUUCAAUAUUAGCAAGCACAUUAACCAAAUCGAUAGUUGUAAAUUUUCAAAUACUAACAGCUACCAAUGUUGGUAAAGUAUUGAGUAUCAUUCAAAUUGGUAAGAAACAACGUGAGAAUACUAAACAGGGUGCUUGUUUUCACCCAUUUUAUAAAUCCUCUGUUUACACAUCAAGACCUGGCAAAAGAUUAUGGUUAGCCGAUCCAAUUGAUGGUCGUGUUUUAUCGACUAUGAAUUUCACACCAUCCUCAACCACAAACGAAGAUGGUACUACAAAUCCAAUACCAAAUAUAAUAUUGAAACCAAAACCAUUAAUAUCUUCAAAUUCAUCCAAUGAUGCAAAUACUUAUCUCACUGGUAAAUUCCCAAUGAUAUUCUCAAAGUUAUUACCAUUUGGUAAUUACUUAAUAUCAUAUGAUGAAUUAUCAUUACUCUUAAUCGAUGUUAAUGAAGUUGAAGUUUUAGAAUGGAAAUUAGAUACAAAUCAAAUUCAUGACUUGGUUGUUUAUCAUGAUUCAAUCUAUGCAUUACAUGGUCAAAAUCAUUCUAUCUCUAGAAUUUUCACUUCAAUUCCUUUAGAAAUUUUACCAACUCCUCAAGAAUUACAAGAACAAUCUGAUCAAUUACAAAAACAACAACAACAACAACAACAACAACAACAACAACCUGAGGAAAUAAUAAGUGAACCACAAUCACAACCACAACCAAUAGCAAUAGCCUCAUUAAUUGAGGAAAAGAAAGAUGAACAAUUACAACCAAAGAAAUCUGAAUCACAAGAGAAUUUAACAACUUUAUCAAAUAGUGAUAAUAUAAUUGGUAGUGAAAUUGAUAGUACAAAUACUGAUAAUUCUACAUUAUCAAGUAGUACAAAUUCAUUAACUAUUGAAGGUAGUGCAAGUUUGCCAUUAGUUAGUGAAUCAUCAAACCAACAACAACAACAACAACAACAACAACAACCUUCAUCAUUAAAAUCAUCAACUGAUCAAUUCGUUGAUGAUAAAUUAUUGGAUAGUACAACAACGACAACAGCAGUUGAAACAUCAAUUCAAAGAGUAGCAUCAAAAGAAUGUAUUUUCUCAGAUAUUCCUUUAUCAUCAGAACCAUUAAUGGUAUCAACAAGUGUUAAAGAUCCAACUUUAGCUGCAUCAACAACUAGAAAGGUUAUAAAGAAAAAGGUUAUAAAAACAGCAUUACCACAGGAUCAACAAUUAAAUGGAACAAAUAAUACAGCAACUCUAUCAACUUCACCACCACAAUCAAUAGUAUCAUCAUCAACAACAGCAACAACAGCAACAGCAACAUCAACAUCAAUAGGAGCACCAACAGAAGUCAAAAGAACAGUUAUUGUAAAGAAAAAAAUUAUUAAAAAAGCAGCGGCAUUAUCAACUACAACUACAACCACACCACAAAUCUCAUCGCCACCAAUUUCAAAUCCUACACCAUCACCACCUUUAUAUGUAGAAACCGUAUCAUCAUCAACAACAACAACAACAACCACACCAGCAGAAGUAUCAUUAUCACCAAAAAAAGAAGAAACUACAAUAGCACCAACACCAACACCAAUACCAACAUCAGCAACAACAGUUACAGCUAAUAAUAUACAACAGGGUAUUUUUAAAACAUUAAAUUCAGCUACAUCAUCAUUCUUGGAGAUUAAGCAAUUUGCAUUAAAUAAAACAAAUGAAAUUAAAUCUGAUAUUACACAUAAAAUUUUAGGUCCAUCAAGUGGUGAUGAUAUAAAUUCAAGUAAUAAUACAAAUGUAACAUUAAAUAAUACAACAACAGCAACAGCAACAGCAACAACAGCAACAACAAUAACAGAUAAUUUAAAUACAACAAUAGUAAAUGAACAACAAUCACAACAACAUCCAAUUGAAGUUUUAGAGAAAUUAACCAAACAAACCUAUGAAUCUUUACAACAAUAUAAAGAGAAUAAGACAAAAACAACAUCAUUUGAACCAAUGUUACAAAUUUGGGUACAAUUAUUUAAUUCUAUCGAAGAUAGUGUUAUUCCAAGUGAUAUGAUAAAAGAUAUAGUUACAAGUUGUUUCUGUUUUGGUAUAAAUUUGAAAUCUACUAAAGAGUGUAGUACUGGUGGUGGUAGUGGUAGUGGUGGAAAUGGUAAAAGUUUAACACAUACAAAUAAACUUUGUAAGUGUUGGAAUGAACAAUUAGCAAUUGAAUUCAUUAAAGAGUAUUAUCAAUUUUUAAAUACCAAUAGAGUUUAUUUAAAUUCAAAUGAACGUAAAUGGGAUAGAUGUAUAGAACAAUUGGUUGAAUUUGAAUCAUUUACAAAACAAGAAUCAAAGAUAAUCUCAACCAUUUAUCAAUUCAUUGAUUCUUCAGAUUCUUCAACUUGUUUAACAUUAUUGGAUAGUCAUUGUUCAAAUGAUUAUGGAUUAUUAUUUAGAUUCUUAAAUCAAUUAUUAGAAUUGGAUCCAAUUGAAUCUUCAAAAUUCUUUGCAAAACAUUUCCCAAUUAUAUUACCAAGAAAUAUUUUAAAUUUUACAAAUUCUUUAAUUGAAAACGAUGAUAUUAUUAUUAAUAAAAGUAAUGAUAGUGGUGGUGGUAGUAGAAGUAAUAAAGAAUUAGGUAAUUUAAUUAAAUUUGAAUAUUUAAAUCAAUUAAUGAAAUUAAAACCAGAAUGUAAAUUUAAUUCACUAGAAUUAUUAGAACAAUGGUUCCUUUCAAAUUUAAUGAAUAAUAAACCAAAUCAAAAUCAAUUAUUUGAAGAAAGAGAAGAUAUGUCAACAACAUCAACAAGAAAAUUUAUACCAAAAUUAAAAUCAAAUUUAAUUGAAUGGAAAUCAAAAGAUACUUUAAUACAAAUUAUUGAUAAUGUAAUUAAUAAUGAAUAUGGUAAUGGUAAUUUAUUGAAAUCAUUGGAAUCAAUGUCUGCUGAAAAUGGUUUUCAUAUUGGCCUUUAUAAAAUUUAUGAACAUUAUUUCAAAAAUGUUUAUUCUAUGAAAUCCAUUUUACAUAAUCAAGAACAAUUGAAUCAUUAUUCAAAGAAACUCUUGGAAUUAACCAUUUUCACUGAUGAUAAAAAAGGUUUUUCAAAUUGUUUUGAAAAUAGUACAUCAAUUGAAAUUUGGUCAAAUACUUUAGAAAUUAUGAAACAAUUAAGAAUUGAUCAACAUGAAAAUGAAGAUCAAUCUGGUGAAUCAAGUAUUACAUUUGAAAUUUCAGAAUUAUUUAUAUUGGAUUUAAUUGGUAAAGCAAUUGGUCCAUUGGAAACUAUUGAAUUGGUUUGCAAAUUUUCAGAAAUGUUUGAAAAGAGUAAAAUUGAAACUAAAUUAUUAUCAGAUUGGAUUAAAUUUGGAAAAUGGUCGUUGUAUGAUAGACCAAAGUUAUCAUAUGAUAUCUUAUCACUUUUGGAUAGUCAUUUAUGGUUAAAGAAACCCUUGACCAUUUCACCUCAAUUCUUAACUAUGAUUGGUCCUGAAUUGGACCCAACUUUACCAAAUAAUCCAUUCAAAGAAUUCUUUAAUAAACUUGGAACUUCAAGUCAUGAUAGUGGUGAUAAUAUCGAUUUUAAAAUACCUUCAUUCUUUGAAGAUAAUUCACGUAGACAUUGGGGUGUAGAAACUGAAUUAUCAACUGGUUCUUGUCCAAUUUGUACCUUAUCUUUAGCUGAAAAUCCUGAAUCUUCAUUUUUAGGUUCAACACCCGCUACAAUUAUAGUAUUCCCAAAUUGUGGUCAUUCAUAUCAUCAUUGUUGUAUUGAAGAUCAAGGUUGUAUGUUAUGUUUUUCAAAGAGAUAA